CGGUAUCUUAAUUUUUGGGGUAUUGUAUAUUUUCUUUUAACCUCUUUUGAAGAACUGUUGGAGCCAUGAUCAAUAAAAGUUGGCAUCACGAGGCAAAUGGUGUCCAAAGUAAUCUCACUUAAAUCUGCAAGAUUCAGAAAAUAUGGAGGAAGAACACAUUACUGAGAAAAGAGAGAGCAGUGACAGCUCAGCUAGAAGAAAUAACAGCAUGAUGAAAAAGGUGCAAUCGAAAGGACCACAGUUUUACCCUGCUCUAUAUAUUCAACGCUACAAUUUAGUUCAAAAGCUUCUUCAAGAUCACAAAAUAAAAUCUGUUGUUGACUUUGGAAGUGCUGAGUGCAAAAUUGUUCAUUGGCUGAAGAGAGUGGAGACAGUGGAAAAGAUAUGCCUAGUGGAUGUUGAUACAUCAAUACUGCAAGCAAAUGCACAUAUUAUUCAGCCACUUAUCUGGGAGUGUGCUAUACCUAGGUCCUGUCCACUUACCAUAACAGUGUUAGCAGGCAGUGCUGAUGUGGUGGACAGCAGGAUCAUGGGGUGUGAAGCUGCAACGCUGAUAGAAGUCAUAGAACACUUGGAACCAAAUGUUCUGGCUCAUGUGAUCCAAGCAGUGUUUGGGAAUCUGAGGCCAUCUCUUGUUGUGAUAACAACACCAAAUGCUGAUUUUAACAUUCUUUUUCCUGAUUUUACUGGUUUUCGCCACUGGGAUCAUAAAUUUGAAUGGACACAAGAGGAGUUUCAUUGCUGGUGUAAACAAAUUUGCGAAGACUACAAAUAUAAGGUCACAUUCACAGGUGUAGGAAAACCUCCAGAAGGUAAAGAGGAUUUGGGUUACUGUUCUCAGGUGGCUGUCCUCACAAAUGAAUCAGACUACCCUAAUGAUUGUGUGGCAGAAUUUGUGUAUUCUCAGAUACUAGAACAUGUAUAUCAUGUGGACACAAGAAGUUAUCAGGAGAAGUUAAUACAGGAAGUGACCUAUGUUGUCAAUAGCUUAUUGAUGAUAGAGCAGCAGGAGCUGGGAAAGGAAGACCAGGAGGAAACUGUUUGCAUCUCCAUAGAGAAGAUAAUCGGACAGUUGAGCAGGCAGCAUAAAGAGUGGCAAGCACAGGAUAUCAUGAGUAUUUUCAACUUUGGAAUGCUUCACAGGACCUGCGUGGAAAAGUUGUACACCCUGUCAGACAGCAGACAGUAUGUUCUUAUCCCUGUCAACAGUUGUGAUACUUCCUCUCAUUCCAGUGAUGAGUAUGAUGUUGAAAGUGACACUGACAUUACUUCUCAAAAAAAGCAAUUGCAAUGGUCCAUAGAAGAUGAGAAAUGGGACUGAUGUUUUGCAGACGAUUAUUCACACAUUCAAGGACACCAAGUGGUUAUGUAAUGUCGUUGCAAGAAGACAACCUAGGGAAUCUAUACCACCAUCUUACAUAAUUUGUACAUAACUAAUUAGAAAGCAGUGUCAUGUUGAACUUGGUUUUUAUUUAUGGAAAAAAAAAGCAAAGCACCUGUAACAUGUACUUUACAAGAACACGAAGUUAACUUGAUUUAUAAUUUGUUGUCUUCAGGCAGUUUAGGUUUUAAUAACUAUAGGUCUUCAUUGCAUGUAUUCCCAAGUAUCUUCUUGACAGACUUCAAAGAAUCCAGACUAAUUCUGCUCACCUCAUCUGCAGACCAUCUAGAUAUGAACAUAUCUCACAAAUCAUGCGCUUUCUUCACUGGCUGACAGUCGUAGACCAUAUAGCAUAAAAACUUUCCACUUUGACUUACUCUGCCAUUUCUGGCACUAGUCAUUAGUACCUCUCAGGACUCACUCCCAUCUAUAUGCCUGCACGACUUCUUUGCUCAUCUUCUGACACCAAGUUUCUUCAAGUCCCACUAGCUAAAACAAAGACAUAUGAACAGAGGUCUUUUCUCCUAGCGAGCCCUAUCAACUUAAAACAGAUUACCUGUCACCCUUCAUCACUUACCACCUCUUACCACCUUUAAGUCUAAACUUAAGAUGCAUCUUUUCAGAACGACUUCAUUGUGAUCCUGUCCUGACCAUGAGCGUGUAUAACCAUUGUCUUUAAUUUACUUUGUGUAUGAGUGUAUGUUGUAGAAGUGAGCGUGCCUGUUAUAUAUGCGAAUAUGGGUAUAUAGUUUUUGAUGAUUUAGUAUAUGUAUGAUUUAAGUAAAGUGCUAUGAUAAAAUCUUUGGAAAGGCACUAAUGAAUCAUUAGGUUUUACUGUAAUAAUAGCAAAAGAUUAUAUAUAUAUCUUGUUAUAAAUUAAAUGGUGGAGCCAUAUUUUGAGAUGUGCCACCUGGUUGCAAGCGGCAUUUUAAGGGGUAUUUGAUUUUGCGUUGACCUUGGUGUGUGUUGCUGGAUUUGGGGCUAGGUCAGUUUUAGCAUAUGUUGCUGGUAAUCAAGUUCCAGCAUAUGUUGCCGAUUGCCUGCUGUCUGUAAGUAAAGGCCUUUGUAUAUAGCUGUAAAUAAAAUGUUUGAAACUCUC